AACAGUCGGGCGAUAGCGAUAGCAAAUGUGCUGUGAUGGAAAUGAAACAAAAAGUGUCUAAAUGAAUACAUAUGAACACAUAUGUAUGUGCAACAACAUUUGCAAAUCUUUGUUUAUAAUAGCUGACGCUUAUGGAUUUUAUGGUGCCGAUUCACACAAUGUCCGAUGGAUCACCGCCUCCAUCGAUUUGCUUCAUCCGUGCCGCCGAAUCGUAUCCGAAAUCACAAAUGGAGAAGGAAGACUCCCAGCUGUUCGUUCCCUUUCAGGAGCUGGCUGGCGAAUCGAUCAAGUACCUCGGACGCACUGAUGAUGGCGUUCUCGCCCUGUCCAACUAUCGCAUAUUUCUCUCAAAGAAGUCAACCGCCUACGAGACCUACGUACCCUUGGGCCUAAUUGAAUCCGUUCAGGUGCGGGAUUUGUUCCAGCUAAUUGUGAACUGCAAGGACGCCAGCACGGUGAGGUGCUCCUUUCAGUCAGCGGAACAGUGUGCCGACUGGCAGCGCCGCAUCCAUCUGCUAAUCGGUGUACCCGAGGCGCUAGAAACUCUCUUCGCCUUUCCAUUUUACUCCUGGACCUGCGAUGUGAUUGGCAGCGGCAACGGUAGUGUGCAGGCCAACGGAAACGGCCUUGUGGCCAAAGAUCGCUACUUGGCCAAUGGCUCGGCAAAGGUGGGCAAUCCGGCAGCAAAUCCUCUGGGCGAUCCUACCAGCGAGACCAUAUCCUCCGCAAUGAGCAGCCGCCUGCAGAGAUCCGUGCGUUAUGAAAGCGACUUUAAGAACGAGGUAGCUCGCCUGGGAUUCGAUCUGAAGGGCUCCUGGCGCAUCUCCACAGCCAAUGCUGACUUUAAGCUCUGCCCCUCGUAUCCACCCAAAUUGCUUGUGCCCUGCUGCAUUACCGACGAGAUGCUCCACAACGUGGCCAAUUUCCGGGGUUCCCGCCGACUGCCGGCGGUCGUCUGGCGGCAUCAGAAGUCGGGUGCUAUUCUGGCCCGUUGCAGCCAGCCGGAGGUUGGUUGGCUCGGCUGGCGAAACACAAAGGACGAGCAAUUGCUGAAGGCACUGGCCGAUGCCUGCGCCUUCGACAGGGGCGAGCACGCCAGGCAUUCCACCACACUCGCCAAUGCAAAGUUGCAGCAGUCGACAAAAGGUUCCAAAGAGAACACGGCCAAUGGUCAGUCUGGCCAAUCUGGCAAAAGCUCACCAUCACUGGAGGAUUCCUCGCACGAGGAACUCACGCUCGAUGAAAUAAAGAAAAUCCUCAUUGUGGAUGCUCGGAGCUACACAUCCGCGGUUACAAAUCGGGCCAGAGGUGGCGGCUGUGAGUGCAUUGAGUACUACCCCUGUGCAGAAAUUGAGUUUAUGAACUUGGGCAAUAUCCACGCCAUCCGAAAGAGUUUUCAUGCUGUUCGACAGCUUUGCGCGUCCUCUGCCGAUGAUCCAAAUUGGUACGGUCAACUGGAAAAGACCAUGUGGAUGCAGCAUCUUUCAGGUCUUUUGGGAGCCACAAUGACCGUUGUGCACACAAUAGAAAAGAAUGGACGACCCGUUCUUGUUCACUGCUCAGAUGGAUGGGAUCGCACACCUCAAAUCGUGGCGACGGCACAGCUCUGCUUGGAUCCCUACUACAGAACUGUUGAAGGAUUCCGCGUCCUUGUAGAGCGUGAAUGGCUGAAUUUCGGACACAAGUUCGCCGAUCGCUCUGGCAACGGUCCCAACUCCGACGAAGUUAACGAGCGAUGCCCAGUUUUUCUACAGUGGCUUGAUCUGGUGCACCAAAUACACAGACAGUACCCCUGCAGUUUUGAGUUUAGUAUAAGCUAUUUGAUCAAACUGGCGCAACAUUCGCUGUCCUGUCUAUUCGGCACUUUCCUAUGUAAUUCGCUCAGAGAACGUAUCGAAAAUUCAGUUUUCGACCGAACGUUUUCGGUGUGGCCAUUUUUAGCGGAAACUAUGUAUAGAAAUCCUCUCUAUAAGCAUGAGACUGAAAAGGUUCUUUGGCCGGCGCACAGUGUGCGGUUUUUAUAUUUUUGGUCUGACGUAUACCUUGGUAGUUUAGGCAACAAAAACGGAACUGAUCUGCCAUUACUAAGUAAUGAAAGACAGAGCGGACACAACGGCCUAAUGGCGAAGACAAGAUCUUCUGAAGACUUAACAACGAAUGAGUUGGGACAAAGCACCAUUUCAAGGAGAUCAAGUGAUCCCAACCUUACAGUUGAAUCCAUUGUUACAGAUUGCUUUAAUGCGAAUAGCAACUCGAUGUUUGACAUUCGAUCUGAGACCGACAAUAGUGUUAGCGAAAAUGUGCAGGAAUGUGUUAAAGACUCCAAAGAACUUCAGCUGGACGUAACGGAUGCAACUGAAGCGGGUCCACGUGCCCCCUUGAAUAAUCCCAUUCCAGAGUUCCAUAACGACCAAAGUACUGCUUCUAACCGUGAUAUAUUGGAAGUGGAAUCACAAUUGCCAACGCAAAGUUCCUUGGUGUCCACACAACAACCGAUCCCCGGAUCCGUUCGAAAUGUCCACGUUUUGAGUUACUCUGAAAACGAUCAAAAUCCAGUUCCUUCAAAACCUGAAGACACAAGUGAUAUUUGUCGCACUUUGUGGCAUGGCGCAGUCGACACUAGCACUGAUACCCUGAUACCCGCAGAGCCCGUACAAAAAACAAACAACGAUAUCACUGACAGCAGUAGAAAUCACAUAACGCCCAUCGAAGUGGCGACCAGUGGGGAUAAGAAGCCGGAGUCGACGACGACCACUGCUGUCCAGAGCAGUAAAAUAAGUCAGAGCUAUAAUAAUUUGCCCAAGGUUCACAUGAAACCGAAUGCCGUGAUAUGUGCGCAGCGACGGGACGCUUUUCCACAUCACCUUGACCUUCAAGUACCACGAGACAAUGCGGCAAGCACGGAACGUUGCAAGCCGGAGAAAUUGCCCAAAGAUGCGAAUGCUAACGGAACCCUGCUGGCAUCCGAUGGCUAUCACGCAGAGGAAAGCCUUUUCAUGUCUCCCGACCUUCAGAGAUUCGUGGCACAGUCACCAUUCGAUGCUCCCGCGGCGGGAGGCCGAAUACGUCGGAACACUUUCGGGUCGAGCUACAGUCGCGACUUGAAGUUCACAGCAGAAAAUGGCAGCGCACAUCACUUCCCUUCGUCGGGGAUUAUUUCGUUGCCCCCGACACCAUUUCAGGAGAGGGCUCAGUUUACUAUAUCCUGUCCGGAUGGCUUAGCUCAUGGACUCAGCGAACAAAACAUAAGACUCCACCAGAUCGUACAAGAACACAAGCUACGAGAGGAAAUGCUGCUGCGGGAAAUACACGGCAUGCGACUGGCUUUGCUGGAAAAAGGUUGCCCCAGCUGCAAUAGCAUCGUUUCGACAAAUUUGGAACAUGAAAAUGGAUCGGAUAUCGUUGAAAAUGCUUCAACAUGUUCCUGGGAAGCCGUCGAAGAACGUAGCGGUCCCCCAUCGUUUGCCCCUUCCUUGAUCCAAGAGAAAAAAGCCUCCAGUGUCCUUUGGGUACCAGACCAUGCAGUUUCGCGUUGCUCUAGUUGUCAAACUGAGUUCUGGCUUGGACGAAGAAAACAUCAUUGUCGAUCAUGUGGAGAAAUUUUUUGUGCUGACUGCUCGGAAUUUUGGGCACCUUUGCCAAACGAAAAGCUUUUUAAUCCAGUUAGGCUAUGUGGAUCUUGCUACACGACCGUCACAACAAAUGUCCAAGAGUACGCCGCCGUACCUUCUGAAUCCCAGGUAAAGGACGAUGAGACGUCUCAGCAAAUUCCUAAGAGCUUUUCCCAAUUAAUUUAAGACUUCUCUGUUGUAUCAAUAUGUACAUAUUAUUACUCAAAAAUAUUUAUUGCAUAUGUGUUAGCACCAUAAUAGCGAAAAAUUCAUCUGUGCGUUUAUAUAGAACACGAAAUUAUACAAUUUUGUUAGAAAUAUAUACAUAUGUGGAUAUAUGGAAACAAUUGUAAAUUCAAAUACAAUCUUUAAACAAAAA